AUGUCUGCUUCUGCUGCUUCCUCUCCUGCUGCCUCGCCUGCUGCAACUGCCAACAACAACAACCACAUGGGCGACAACAAUGAAACCCCUGUCAACACUCCCACCAACAACAACAAUGGCCCUGCCCCCAUGGAGGGUAUUGAACCCACUGGUGCUUUGGCCUCCAAGUACGUGGACGCCCUUGCUCUCUCUCGACAAUCGCUCAAGAAAAAAGAGAAGGAGUUGGAGAGCUUGAUCAUCAAGCAAAUCCAACUUGAGACCAUGGAACCAGUUCCCGAGGACGAGUUGGCAACCAUUGUGAAGCGAAUGGAGGCUUUGCACAAGGAGAUUGAGAGGACUAGAAAGAACAUUGCUAUCCUCACUCCUAAGGAUGCUGACACCACCACCAGCUCUCGUAAGCACAUUACGAUGAAUCUUGUUCCACGUUUUUGUGAUCAAAGGAGUCAACGAGUCUCCUGA